GUUCAAUCCCCAGCACCGAAAAAAAAAUAAAAAUAGAACUGAACUAGAAAAUAGAACAUCAUCUGCCAACCUCCCCAGCUGUACCUGGAGAAGUUUAAAACAACACAGUGUCUUCUUGUCCUAGGAACAGCUAUAAGUGGUAUGAGGUGGGACCUGAGCUAUUCUAAAAGCUCCCAGCUGACUGUAACAAGCAGGGCUGAGGACCUGCAGCUCUGAGGGCAAGGCCCACUUCUCUUGUCCCAUGACUGCUCAAACGCCCAUCAUCCCUGGCCACAGAAGGACCACACCUCUAGCUUUUAGAGGAAUCAAUAGUGGCCACCAGGGUUCAAGCACAAGACACACACUCCAUUCCCCUUCCCCAUUCCCCACAGCACCAGUGAGUAGGAACCAACUGCACAGACGCUGAGGCCAUGCCCGAGAGGCAGGAAGCACCAGCCUCAACAGUGAUAAACACUUCUACCCAGAAACUCGGUGCAGGAGGCACCAGCCAGAGCUGCUGUUAAUCAUUCACCCACACCACACACAGGAAGCGAGGCCUUUGUGGCAGUACCAGCCUCGGGGCUUCCCAAGUUCUGGACAGGUUCUCUCAGGGGAUAGAUCAUCUAGACUGAGAGCCAAGCCCCAGUUCAGAGCUGCUCCUCUGAGUCAGGGCGCAUCUCUGGUCACCUGGCAGCCCCUUCAGCCUGGGCCUCCCAAGCACAGGGGCUGAAGGAUAACUCUGAUCUGCCCUCACAGGACACAGGACCGCUAGCAGCACAGGCAGGUUUACAUGGACCAAAUAUUAUUGCAGAAGGACAUCUGGCAUGAUGAGUUCUGGGAGAACCCCUGGGACCUGGCCGGCCUGAUAAUCAUCAGCUUAUUCAUCGCCACAGUCCUGUUUUUCAUCUUGUUUGCUAUUAUGUUUGGGUUGCUCUUUCCAGGGGACAGUACCGAGGGUGACCAGCAGUGAUUUGAUUUCUUGAGGGCUGAGAAGGCAGCACGUGAGGGGGGCUGACCAGCUCACCCCGUACUGUCACAGUCCCCUCUGCUCAAGGGCCUCACCCUGGUGUCUUUUUUUUCUCAUCAGAAAGCAGUCUGGUCAGACACUGGGCCUGGCUUGGGACUGGUCAGAUAGCAAGAUGGGGUAGUGGGUCUGAUACAGAUCCUGGGACCCCACACCAUGUGCCACCUGAACCCUGCAGGCAGGUGGGAAAGGGCCUUGCCUCUUCCUCAGGCUAAUUAGGUCCUCUCACAGGUUCCCAGCCCAGCCAGCAGCUCUGUAAGUCCUUCACAGAGGACAUAAAAUAAUCAGAUGAAAUA